AUGUCCGUCACUGCCGUUGCUGCAGCCGGUACGGCCGUGGCCCUUUGGUUGUACAAACGUCGCCAGACGGAGCUGGAAUGGGAGGAGAGGGAGUAUGCCACGCACACGGGCGCCCAUCAGGCGCCCCAGACCUUCAUGGAGGACCUUUACUACUUUGCCGAGGGCCUCAGAUACACCUACUCUGAGACGCUGGGGCGGUGGGGCACGGCCGACCUACUCAUCGGCCUGACGUACCUGUGCCGCAAGAACCCGCCCGAGCACGUCACCACCGACAUCGCGCGGGCGGGGCAACCCUACGGUCGCAGCGCCGACACGGCGGCCACGGCGGCCUCGCUGCGCGAGCUGCGCGAGAUCCGGCGCGUGUUUCAGUAUUGCGUGGGCAUGCGCGAGCGGCGCCCCGGGCCCCAGCGCGAGUACUUUGCCACGGCGCUGGGCAUUGGGCCCGAGGCCAUCCUGGCCCAGGAGACGCGGGCGGGCGUGCUGAAGCCCAGCUUCAUCCUGGCGCGGGACGAUCACCUGCGCGCCAUCGUGCUCAUCAUCCGCGGCACCCACUCCUUCAAGGACAUGUUCACGAGCCUGACAGGUGCUGCCAAACCCCACCACCUGGUGGACGGCAAUGGCGUGGUGCUGGGCUACUCCCACUUUGGCAUGCUGGCGGCGGCGCGCUGGGUGCUGGCCGCCGCGGCGGGCCCCAUGAACGAGGCCCUGGGAGCGCACCCAGAUUACGCGGCCCGCGUGGUGGGGCACAGCCUGGGCGGCGGCACCGCGGCCCUGCUCACCAUGAUGCUGCGCGAGCGUGGCGGCGCCUUUGCCGAGGCACGCUGCAUCGCGGUGGCCUGCCCCGCCUGCAUGACGCUGGAGCUGGCGCGCAGCUGCGCGGCCUACGUGACCACGGUGAUCAACAACGCCGACGUCGUGCCGUGCGUAUCCCCCGGCGCGGCCGACGCGCUGCGGCGCGAGGUCACCGCCAGCGCCUGGGGCGGCGAGCUGCGCGCCGACCUGCGCGCCACGGGCCUGCACCUGAGGUGGCGCCGCGCGCUGUACCCCGCCGGCCGCAUCCUGCACCUCGUUCCCGCCCGCCUGGUGCCACUAGACGAGGCGGGGUUCGAGGUGCUGUUCCCCGAGCGGCGAGCCGGCCAGGCUGCGCAUGCCGAGGAGGGAGCCGGUGGCAUGGGCGGCGAGGGCGGGGGUGGGAGCGGCGACGGCCCGGACCCGACGUCGCGCGGCCGGGGGCGAGCGGGGGAAACAGACGCGCGCGCGUCGCCUGCGGGGCCGGACGACGCUGAUGCCGCGGCGCGCUCCCCCUCCCCCGACCCCUUCUCCGCCGGCCCUGCCCUGGCCUCCACCAGCCCUCCAGGUUGCCUCACCCCCCCCCCGCCCAAGGACCUCCCUCCCAAAACCGGCGCCACCGCCACCAACCCCGCCCUCCGCGCCGUCCAGCCGCGGGAGCCCAUGAUGCUUCUGGAGGCCGUGCCCCAGACCAUGUACGGCCGCAUCCGGCUGUGCCGCGACGUGCUCAGCGACCACAUCAUCCCAAACUACCUCGCUUCGCUGGACUCAGCGCUGGAGCGCCUGCCCCCGGCGUUCCACCCGGAGUGCGUGGCCCGGGCAGUGCACGCGCCGGCCUGGGAUCCUCCCGUCGAGGAGGGGGAAGGAUGUGGGCUGCCGGAGACGGUGGGGGUGCUGGAGCCCCUGAUGGCAUAG